GCACAACUGGGGGCACAACUGGGUCUUUUGGGGCUUCGUAGCGGCAGAUUGGGGCUUGACCACCUGGGGCGGGGCCACCAAAAAAUUCCCACGACGACCCGUCACUCUCCGCUCGCCGAACGACCACCCUUUCGACGUUAUCCUGUCCGAACUCACGGCCAACUUCACCACCAAUUACCUGCAGUCCGGCCACCGAACAGCAAUCAAAAUGUCUGAGGGAGAAGUUGACGUCGCGGCCGUUUCCCAGUACGAGGUCCUCCCCAAGGAGGUCCUCGCUGAGGUUGGCAGUGUGAAGCUGUUCAACCGCUGGAGCUACGAGGAUGUCGAGAUCAGGGAUAUCUCUUUGACCGACUACAUCCAGAUCCGUUCUCCCGUCUACCUCCCCCACUCCGCUGGUCGCUAUGCCGCCAAGCGUUUCCGCAAGGCCAACUGCCCCAUCAUUGAGCGUCUCACCAACUCCCUCAUGAUGCACGGUCGCAACAACGGCAAGAAGCUCAUGGCUGUCCGCAUUGUCGCUCACGCCUUCGAGAUCAUCCACCUCAUGACCGACCAGAACCCCAUCCAGAUCGCCGUCGAUGCCAUCGUCAACUGCGGUCCCCGCGAAGACUCCACCCGUAUCGGUUCCGCCGGUACCGUCCGUCGCCAGGCCGUCGAUGUCUCUCCCCUUCGCCGUGUCAACCAGGCCAUCGCCCUCCUCACCACCGGUGCUCGCGAGGCUUCUUUCCGCAACGUCAAGUCCAUUGCCGAGUGCCUUGCUGAGGAGCUGAUCAACGCCGCCAAGGGCUCCUCCAACUCGUACGCCAUCAAGAAGAAGGAUGAGCUCGAGCGUGUUGCCAAGUCCAACCGUUAAAGCGGUUCUGGCUGGCUGCAGGUGUAUGGGGGAAACUUGUUGGGUGCUUGGAGUUGUUGGACGGAUUCUAUUCGGCAUGUUUUGCUCGGCUGCUACUACGGCUGCAUUUGUUGCGCGUUAAAAGGGAACUGGGUCUGGGAGGAUGCGGUUCUUCUACGGCACUUAGGUCAAAACAGGCAGGCACUCAAUAAGGGCUCUCAGACAUUGAAUGAGAGGAAAACGUGGAUUUGCGGACAAGAUUUUAAGUGCAUAUACCACGAGGCGCCGGUGAUUCGGUGAAAUUAUGAUUCCCCUUUUCUUUCCAUGCAUGACGUCCGUUUGACCAUGAGUGAACGACUGAACAUCAGUUCCAACACCUUUUUGCUUUCAGACUUAACGUCCCUACCCUCUUUUUGUAUGAUACAACAUAUCGCAAGCGCUAAUAGCAAGGAAGCAUUUUCGCUGAAUCUCCCUGGCUCCAACAACAUGACGUAAGUCAUCUGCCGCUUCAGGCUCCUGCUUAACGUCACCGCUACAGAAGUCUAGCUGCUCAUACUUCAUCAUGUAUUAGUUUCAAUAGGGCGGUACUUCUGCCAUCAAGUGAAUUAACGACUCAAGACUUCCUCUAGCCCUUUAUGACCCAUCUUCCCAUC